UAAAAGCCAGUAUUGACAGAAAUUUAAUGGCAGACGAUAGCGAUAAGCCGCCUUCGGUUUUACAUAUGUUACUUAUAGACGUGUCAAUUUCGUGGUUCACCGAUCACUGAUAUUGGAUUCAACAAGGUCACUAUUGAAAUCAAAUUUCACUGUCAAUCAAUUUCCAACAAGCUCGAUAUGGUUAUAACAUAGUGUUAUAAACGUUAUAUGUAAACCGGGACAGACACAACAGUUAGGCAUUCUGAUGUGGCAGAUACGUGGGACUGAAUGUAUGGCCUAUAUUGUGUAUUGAAUAUGGGAUUCUUCUGAAAGUUAUCGGAUUAAUUACGAUACAAGGCUCCGUGGUAGGACAUUAGAACUAGACAGUAGUUGUGUACUGUAUGUCUCGGUGGGGUAAAAGUCCCUAUCUGUCAAUGCACGCGACCUACCAUAUCUCAUCAGGAUAGAUUUGCUUAAAACGACAGUUUUAUUAAAAAUUCAUUGUGUAGCAACACCUGACAACUAUCUACACCGGUAGAUAUAGUAGUGUCGACAAAGCGGUGUGUAUCCGAUGGUAUUGUGACAGCUAUCCACAGUUUGUUAGUGAUAACAGGAGCUAUUCUACUACUCUCAUAUUGAACAAACUCGCUGUUGGUGACCCCAUGCAACAUUGACGUAAGACCUAGCAUUAAAUCUGGAUUGUAUUGUCAUUAGGAAUCAAAACACCACUUGUAAACACUGUAACAACUGAUCGUGUUCUACCCACAUGGACAACUGGUAUAUUCAGGAAGGUGUCUCAACCGGAAGUUUAGGACAUUAGCGAAAAUUAUGAAGAGCAAGCUUGAGUGUAUCAAUUAACGUCAUAUAAACGUAAAUAUUGUGCUAUAUAUAGCCGCUGGCUAUCUGCACUUUAUACCAAUAUCAAAGUCGAAACGUCCUAUUCGAAGGCAUCGAAUACACUCUUGUCUUAUGAAAUGUGACCUGAAGUCUUACCACAGAGUCGUUUCGUUCUCUUUGUGUUUAGGUGUCUGGCCCGAAGCAUUUUCCUUUAAACGUAAGCCUUUUACAAGGCCAUUGUUUAUAUAAACUGACGGUCCACAUAUCUCGUGUGCUCAAAACAUGGCGCACAUCUACACACCGCGAUCACUCUCUGAUAUAAGGGAACUACGCAUGCGCAUAGAAACAGAAGAUCCGUUGUUUCAUGGCUUAAAAAAGUUGAAGAUGAGAGGACGAGAUUUAUCAAACAUUCCUCCAGCAUUGUUCCAUCUCAACGAGUUGGAAGUUCUUGAUCUCAGCCCAGACAGGCAGUCUUGUCUCACAUUCAGACUCAUGUUCGUUCCACGUGCAAUCUGCAAACUCACCAAUUUGAAAGUAUUAGUGCUGGACACCAAUGAAUUAGAUGAAAUACCAAUUGAAAUUACGAAACUAGUCCACAUAGAGAGGCUAGCUCUAAGCAAUAAUCAAUUGAGUUGGUUACCAGAGGGUUUCAACAAACUCACCAACUUAAGGAGCUUACAUCUAGCAAACAACGAAUUUGAGGAUUUUCCAAUGCAACUUUGUGAAAUAGACGGACUCGAGUUCCUUGACCUUUGUGAUAAUAAACUACACGUGCUUCCUGUAGAAAUAAGUCGUCUGACUGAGCUGCACACCUUGCUGCUCUUCUUCAACCGAUUAGAGGCACUACCAGACACAAUUUGUGAUAUGACUUAUCUCCAUUGUCUUUGGAUUGGUAACAACCUCAUCAAACAGCUUCCACGAGCCUUCGGAAACCUUAAGUAUUUAGACUGGGGCAUUACGUACACUUCCUCUACCCUAGACGGUAACCCGCUGGUCAGUCCCCCAAUCGAAAUAUGUCGUAUGGGACCAGCCGCUAUAGAAAAGUAUCUAAACAGCUCUAGGGGAGAUCUCUCCAGUCAGAACAGUCGUAAGGGUAUUUCUAAUGGUGGAAAAAAUCGAAUUGAUGAGGAAAGCGAUAGAGGUCAAAGUCGCAACAGUAGAUCUAAAAGUGAAAAUAGUGUCGAUGGGAGGAAUAAGAAGACGACCAAUGGACGGGAUACAAGGAAGAAUACGAGGGCACGGCGGGAAAGGAACAUGCAGCUUCAUGAAUAUUCAGAUGAUGAUAACUAGUAUUUUAGACUACUUGGAUUGUGAAGUACGUUAUGCGUAGAUAUCAUUGAUAUACAAGUUAAUAUAUUAAUAGCCAGUUGUAUGUUUGGCUAUUGUACACAAAGCCCGGUUUCUUUAGCGUUCCUUGACUUCAGGAAAUUCCUUAACUUAGAAUUUUCUAUAGGAAAACAUUAUUUAUUGGAUUGAGCUUUCCUUUAAUUCUGUAAUGCCCGUUUCCUAUGGACAAAUUUAAGAUAGGAGUUUUCGUAAGUAAAGGUAUGUUGAUGAAACUAGGACCAUGGGGCUCUACAGGAUAUGGUGCCGAACAUAACUGUGAUGUCACGUUGAUGUCCAUCACAUAAUGAAAGAGACAUAAUGAGGAAGUGGCCGCGGUUGUCGAGUGGGUAAGGUGUACCGACAUUUUGUCACUAGCCGUACACCUCUCGGUGGACAACAUGGUAAGUCGCUCUCCUCGUACCAAAUAAAUGCGUCGUUGCAUUGCAACGUAAGUUGUGUGGAUGACAGCAAGGUCUAAGGUCACACGGUUCAACAGGAAAAGUGAAUGAUCAUAACAACGACGACAAUGGUGUGAAACCGAGGGAAAUUGUUAAUUUAACUAGUUUUAUUGAUACAUUUUAUAUUUAUUUAUAUUUGUAAUACAUAUUGCACUGCUUACGUAGAGCGAUAAUCACCUUUCCUAGCUUGUUACACAUUUUUCUUGUCCAAGGUACCUCCCAAAUAUGCAACACAGCGUCAUUCAAAAAAUCAUUAUACGAUAAAAGUACCUGCAAAGUAAACAAUAUGUUGUUGUUGUUUUGUUGUUGUUUUUA